CUGUGUUUUUAUAUAUAAAUAUAAAAUAAUAAAGAAAACAGAAAGGCACAGCAUUCCUUUCCCUUUGUCUCGUGAAUCACUUGGCUUUCUCCGCUGCUACCAACCACCGCCGCCUUCUUCAUCCCCUUCUCCCUCUUGGUAGUCAUGGCAACCCUAUCAACUGUGAAUCUUUCCCCACAAUGCACGUUUCAAACUGCAAUCCCAAAUCGAUCCAGCGCUGCCAUGGUGAAGUGCCCUUCCUCCACUGGGUCGGUGAGGAGUGUUUCCAGAUCAUUCGGUUUGAAGUCGUCCCAUUCAUCCAGAGUGACUGCCAUGGCUGCUUACAAGGUUAAGCUGAUUGGCCCGGAUGGACAAGAGAAUGAGUUUGAGGCCCCUGAUGACACUUAUAUCUUAGAUGCAGCCGAGAAUGCCGGAGUGGAGCUCCCUUAUUCCUGCCGUGCAGGAGCAUGCUCCACCUGUGCAGGCAAGAUUGUCUCCGGCACUGUGGAUCAGUCUGAUGGCGCGUUCCUCGACGAGAAUCAACUGAAUAAAGGAUUUUUGCUAACCUGUGUCUCCUAUCCAACUUCAGAUUGUGUGAUUGAAACUCACAAGGAAGGCGAUCUAUACUGAGAAAUGGGGACUGGGAAUCGUAGCUAGACUUAGCAGCCAAAUUUGCUUGUUCUGCUUUAUCAUCAUAAAACCUUUGUUUUGGGAUUAUUAGUGACUUGGGAUAUGUGUUUUACUACCUACUGUUGGAAUUUAAAUGUGAUAACUGAUAAGUGUUACUAUAA